AUUGUUAUCCACAUAACAGAGUUGGAGUAGUCGAAUUCAAGUUUAUUAUCACACGCCUUUAGGAGGCGGGUCGUCGGUCUCGAAUCACCGCAACCCACAUUCAGGCGCGCUGUCGGAGCACUCUGCUUACAUCCCUACAGAAAAGGUUUGCACAGUGUGCACCGCACUUCUUGACAAAGAUAAUAGGCCUUCCUACUUGUGUGCUCUAAGUGAAGAUGAAGUUUCUGGAAUACACUCCGCUGGACAGCAUAAAUCUUUUCCUUGAUCAUCUAAACCUUGGAGAGAGUAUCAUCAAAGGCAACCUUGAAGCCUUUUCGUGUAAGCAAACUGGGACAGACAGAAAGCUCUCUUUUAGCUUAGAGCAAGAGAUUCUUGAUUAUCUUGAACAAUCUUUUGAUAGCGAUUCACAUUUGCCAGUGGAGUACUUGAUUAGUAGAUCAAGUCGGAAGACACUAAUAUAUUUGGUUCUUACGCUCAGUCACAUGUAUCCAGAUUAUGAUUUCAGCAGUGCAGUGCGAUCCCACCUGUAUUUCAGAGAGGAAGAAUGGGAUAAUUUCAAGCAAAUAUAUGACAUGUACUUGUUCGAAGCAGCUAGAGAGUGGGCUACUGCAAACGGGGGUAGUUCCUUUAUAGACAUCUUGACAAAUGCCAUUGAUGAGGUGGAAAUUUCACUCAUUUGAGUUUGAUAUUGAUGACUGUGACCACGGU